CGCCACAGUGGUCUCAGGAUCGCUGCGCGCCUCCACUCAGUCGGGACUGUUGCUUUGGCCGCAGCACCUGCAGGCGCGGAGAGGCGAUAACAUAAAGGGGAGGGGAGGAGGAACCAUGGCCGCAAAGGAGACUUCAACGACGGGCUCCGUCAGCAGAGAAAUUACAGAGAGCGUCAGGAAGGCGCUGGACAAGCAGGCUGUUAAGUUUGUGCGAGCCAUCAAGCAGGACACCAGAAGCGGCAAAACAGAGGACAGGAUUCUGGUCCUGGCAACAUGGAGACUGUAUCUCUUUGCUGUCAAAGUGCCCACCAAGAUGGAGGUCACCUUCAACUUCUUGGAAAUCCGAGCAAUGAACACCUAUCCAGAACACCAGGUCGUCAUCGACACAGACAAGACCACCUACUCGCUGCGACUGCAGACCCAGGACCAGCUGGAUCACAUGGUUGGCCACAUCAAUUACGCCCUCUCACGAGUCUUCAACAACUCCAUUUAUGCUCCUCCUAUUUGUCGAGCAGAGGGAGACCUGAGCGAAGGAAGUCACAAGUUUUCACCAAACUCUGAAUCGUCGCUGGAGGCCCAGAAAACCUGCGGAGGUUUUUCUGAGACCUACGCAGCUCUUUGCGACUACAACGGGAUCGGCUGCAAAGAAGAAGUGCAGUGGGAUGUUGACACCAUCUACCACUCUCAGGACAACAGGGAGUUCAAUUUACUGGAUUUCAGCCACCUGGACAGCAGGGACUUGGCGGUAAUCGUGGCAUCCAUUGCGUACAACACCUGGUUCACCAAGCUGCACUGCAAGGACAUGCGCAUAGGGUCAGAGGUGGUGGACCAGGUCCUGCACACAGUCAGCAAGUCCAACAGCUUGGAGGAGCUCACUCUGGAGAAUGCAGGACUCAAAUCGGAUUUUCCGCAGAAGAUGGCGUCAGCGCUGUCGGAGAACCCAGCCUCGGUGAUUCACUCCCUCAACCUGGCUCAUAACACACUCGACAACCAAGGCGUCUCCAACCUCAUUCAACAAGUGUGCCGCCUCAACAAGGGACUGCGCCUCCUCAAUCUCUCCAAGACCUCCCUGUCCUCCAAGGGUGUGGUCACGCUGUCACAGGCGUUGUGUUCAAGUGACGACUACUCCAAUUCUCUGCUGCACCUGGACCUCAGCAAAAACCCCGGGGUGCUGUCCGGAGAAGAUGCCACGAACCUCUACCUGUUCCUGGCCCAGCCCAACUGCCUGGUCCAUCUGGACUUGUCUGGGACGGACUGCACCGUGGACUCGCUUUUUGGGGCCUUGCUGCGAGGCUGCUGCGCUGACCUCUCCUACCUGAAUCUCUCCAAGAAUUCCUUCUCUCACAGGAAAGCGAGAGAUUCUCUGCCAACGUUCCGCCAGUUCUUCAGCUCUGCGUUCAGCCUGACCCACGUCAGCCUGGCCUCUGUGAAAGUCCCUCCUGAUUCACUGAGGGCUCUGUUCCUCGGCCUGUCCAAUAACCCUCAUAUCUCUGAUUUACACCUGGACAUCAGCAGCUGUGAGCUAAGGUCAGCGGGUGCUGGGGUGAUUCAGGAGCUGUUUCCUCGAGUUUCAUGCGUGGGCACUUUAGACAUCUCCGAUAACGGUUUGGACGCUGACUUGCUGGCUGUCGUCCCGGCGUUUUCGCGGCACCCUUCCCUCAAACACCUGAUCCUGGGGAAGAACUUCAACAUCAAGGGCAGGGUGCUGGAGGAGACUCUGCAGAAACUGGUUCAUCUUGUGCAAGAGGAAGAGUGUGCCCUGCAGUCCCUCUCCCUGGCUGACUCGAGGCUCCGCCAGCGGGGCACGGUGCUGGUCAACGCCUUGGGCUCCAACACCUGCCUGCGGAAGGUGGACUUGAGCGGCAACCUGCUAGAGGACUCCGGGGCCAAGAUGCUCAGCAAAGCCCUGCAGAUCAACACAACACUCAGGAGUGUGACGUGGGAUCGCAACAACACCACGGCGACGGGCUUCCAAGACGUGGCGCGAGCACUGGAGCACAACUUUACCCUUCAGUACAUGCCCCUCCCCCUCAGUGAUGUCACUCAGGCGUACCGCAGCGCCCCGGAGAAGACGGACCAAGCCCUGACCAAGAUCCAGCGUGCCCUGCUCAGGAACAACCAGACUCAGCGUUUCUCCCAGAAACAGGCUCUCAGGCUGCACCAAGGCCUCGUCACCAGCACUGCCGAACAAGUGAUGGAGCGGCUGUGUGCGCGGGUGCAGCAGCAGGUGUGUGUCCUGAAAGGCAGCGAGGAAGGAGAGGACGUCCAGACGGCCAGGCAGAUCCUCAAGGAAGCCCGGGACUCGAAAGCUCUGUAUCCCUCCCUGUGUGAGUUGGCCCAUGUGUUGUCAGUGGACGGCCCCGUCAAGCAGCGACUGGACACUCUGGCUGGAGAACUGGCCAAGGCUGCGGACAAAGAGCUGCAGGUGGUGGUAGACUCGAUGGUGACGCUGUGCCGCGAGCUGUGUCCGAUGUCCUGCUCAGCCGCCGAGAGACUCAGCACGCCUCUCUCGUCCAUCUCGGAGCAAGUGUCCAUCCCGCGCUCCGCCAUCCGCAGCGCCUUCAUGGAGAGAGCGGCCGAGGAUAUCAACCGAGCCCUGGAGGAGGUGAAGUUAUCUGUGGUUUCCUACCUGACCAACUCGAUAGUGGAUCAGAUUCUACAAGAGCUGUACAACACCCAUAAAACCCUGGUGGUUGAUGUGGGUGUGUUGCAUCAGCUGAGGCAGGUGUCCCAGGCGAAGCGCUGGGACGAUGUGGGGACGGGGAGACGCACCAUCAGACAGUCCAGAUUAGUGGAGCCUCUGGAUUUUGCCGACGAGGACUUUGGCGUCAACCUGGGAAUAGACACAAUGGCUAUUAAGAAGAGGAGCUCCCGAACGAGAAGAAUUCGUCCCGUCUCUACCAGACCGAGUCUUGGUGAGGAGCCCAGUCCCUCUCCGACCCCCUCGGCCCCACCGCACUCUGCCACUCUUACCCACUCGGAAUCGUGGGAGUGUCUGUCCACCCUCCCAACCAACGGCUCACCAUUGCGUCACGUGACCCACGCCAGGCCUCGCCCGCCGCGGAGAUACAGAGCCGGUCACCCUCCACCGGAAUCUAAUGGUUCGGAGAACGGAGGAGUCAGUAUGCUGGAGGACGGACUACCUGAUUUCUACAGCAAGAGAGUCCUACCUGACAGUCAGUUGACCUACCUACAUCAGGGCCAGUCGCUGAGGAGAAAGAAGAGACGCAGCGUUUUGUCCAUUUUCUCCGGCUUCCGCAAGAACCGCAACUCCACCAUCUCCAAUCAGGACUCAGACAGCACCUCAGAGAACGUCUACUCAAUGAUCCAGCACACCAAGGAGGCGGGAAGGCCAGAGAGCACGCUUCCUGGAGCCAACGGGACCAUGCCCUUGCCUGGGCCCGUGCAGAGUGUACCUGUGCACGGGAUGAGGGCCGCUAGUCCCUCCGUCCAAAGACAGUCCACAGACCUGGUCAGCAUGGUGUACAGUUGCAUCGGGGCAGACAUCGAGGACUCCGAUGGGAGCAGCACCUGCGACAUUAAAGAGAUGGACCAAGACACGGACCGAACCACCACCAUCUCCGACGUGCCUGCAGACUCUCGAACGAACGGCCACGUGGCGUCCUCCAAACACCAGACGGACAGGCAGAUGGAGAAGGGCAGGCAGGAGAGGAUCGUACCCCUGACGGACCCGAGGGCUGACGCGGAGGAGGACAGAGAGGGCGCUGUGGUCCCCUGUGGGCCGAGGCCUGAGCCGCCUCCACAGUGCAUCAAGCCGAGUGUGGCUGCGAUGAGGCAGAGACACCUGCAGGAGAGUUUAGAGGAGGCAGGGAGGCUGCAAGGAGAAGAAGACGAGGGUGAAAGGAAGCAGCAGGAGGAGAAGCCGACAGCGCGAGGGCCAGAGGGACAGCGUCCUCUGGUUCCCAGUAAGCCCGGUCACCUCUCGAGAGACCACACCUCUCCGGAACCCCCUCCCGACACCUUCCCCGUGAGUCCGGGGGAGGAAUCCAGCGAUGAGCGGAGGAGCUUGCCUAGCGCUCCGCCAAUCAGUCAAGAGGAGGGAGCUGCCGAGAGGAGGAGCCCACCCCCGUCAGCCACGCCGUGGACAGAAGCGGCAGAUCCUUUCAGUCCAGAUGAAGAAGGUCAUAAUGGAUUUCCAGCAACUUUGCGUCACACCAGGAAGUCCAACUCAUUUGACAUAGGCACGGAGCGGGACAGCCCCUACGAUCUGAAGACGUCCUCAGAUCGCAGGAUCCAGGCCCGUUUCCCCCAAUACAGAAACAGAUCUCUGGACUGCCCUGCUGGGACCAGGAGUCGCCCCCUGCUGACCAAUAGAAACAAUGCAGGGUUUAAGUUCCUCAUUGCUGAUCUGGAUGUUGCCUCCUGCUACAAACAUAUGUGACUGGCAGUAUUAUCACCUUAUGAGACUGAUGUGGAAAACACGUUGGCAACCAUAGAACAACAUUAAAUGUUUUUACAUGUUUUUCAUGUAAACUGCUCUCUGCUCCGGUUUCAUACAACGAGUCACGUGCCACAAAUCCAGCACAAAUAUUCGAAAUAGACUGAAGGCCUGUGUGGAGUUCGGGGCCGCUGCGAAGUUGGGUAAUUAUUGUGAUGUGAACUUUGCCAGUACAAAUCAUUCACAUAUCAACAUCAUCUUUAAGUUGAGUCUACUGAUGAAAAGGGAACUGAAGGGUGUGGGUGAAACUUUAGGGUACAUUGGUAAUGGAAAGACUUUGAUUAUUUCAGCUUUAUAGUUAUGUAAUCACAUUCUAUCCGCUUCUUCAGGUUAUGAAAGUCCCCGGCUUGGUGACCCAGACGGUUUGUGACGUUGCCAGUGGACCAGAGGAAAUGUUCUGGGCAGCGAGGCCUGGAACAAGGAGGACUGGAGAGAGACGAGCUUUUAAAACUGUGGACUGAAAUGACAAAGCUGCAACGACUACUUUUUGUUGUUUUUUUUCUCUCCUUUUAAUCCAUGUAAACAUUUUGUUGCCGAUAGUGCAUGUACUGGUAUGCUUCCUGCUCUGUAGCUCUUGCUGUGUUUUUUCUCUCAGGCACAAGGACAGCUCUGACCUGCGGUACAAAUCGCACACAGCAGUUCGAUGUCUCUACUCAUCAUGAACGCUUUUAUGCAUUUGAGUGAAAUAAUUUAAUGCGGUCUUCUCAUCGCCCUCCAUCUUUUACUGACAAUCUGUGACUACUAAAAGUGAGUUUGUACUGUGCUAAUCAUGACGGAGAUGUAAAUAACAAAUAUAAAACUGCACUAACCAUUGCGGUAACUUAAUCCGUCAACAAUCAUGUUUUUUAUUGUGACCUAUAAUUUGAUUAUUGUGUAUGUGUGCUUUUUAUUGUAUGUUGAUGAUUGAGAUGUGUUAUCAUGCACUUAGCACUCCCAUCUCUCCAAGAGUAUUUAAGGAUCCCAAACAGUUUGAAUCUGAUUUUGCAGGCCUGAAAAUGAGUAUAUUUUCUAAAUAUGGUUCUACAAAUCAAUAAAUAAAAUUGACUUUACACAAGA